AUGGGUGAUAGGCUAGUUCAGAUGCCAAACAAACAUCUCUUCCCUACUUCAACUCGACGCUACCAAGCACUCCUAUCUCGCGAUCCUCUGGCGCAUUCUUCAUUCAUCUAUAGCGUGAUCACGACCAAAAUAUAUUGUCGUCCCACUUGUCCCUCGCGUCUCGCACGUCGUGCGAAUAUUAUUUUCCACGAGACUGCGGAAGAAGCGGAGAAGGACGGCUUUCGAGCUUGCAAGAGAUGUCGGCCUGAUAUUGAUGAGACGAUGAUCAAGCACGGAGUAGAUGGCGGUUUGAAGCCAAGGAAUACCGCUUCUAUGAACGUAAAAAUUGGAUCCAAGGCUGACGACUUAGGUGAAAUGGGAAGAGGGAGAAGGAUGGUUGAUCAAGCCAUGAAAUUGAUCGAGAGCGAGCUGGCCAAUGGUGACCAGAAAUGGACGAUUAAGAAAAUGGCAAAUGAAGUAGGGCUGACCGAAAGUCACUUUUGUAGGGUAUUCAAGAGAGAGACAGGUGGAACUUUGGGAGAGUACAGGAUGAAAGUCGUUGGGCGACAGGUGGUGGAAAUGACCCAGGGCAACGAGACGACCGACGAUUGGAAUAUACCCGCGGACACUGAACUGGUGUUUAAUUGGGAUAGUUCUUGGGAUGAAAUUGGCGAUAUGAACAACUCAGAUACCAACAUUCCGUCUUUUGGUCUUCACUCGACCAAUUUAUCUGACAUUCGUUCAGAUGAUGGAAUGCAGUUUUUGAACUUGGAGUGCUGUGGAGAUUGA